GUAGCGGAGAGGGCUUUGUACUUCUGGAACAACGAGUACAUCCUGUCUCUGAUAGAGGAGAACUGUCAGGUGAUUCUACCUCUGGUCUUCGCCACGCUCUACACAGUGUCCAAGGAGCACUGGAACCAGUGAGUGACCUCUAACCCCUAACCUAUAACCUUUGCUCUCUAAGUCUGUAUGAACUGUGAAUCUUUGCAGAUAUACCUCUCUAACCCCACCCUCACUCUUUUUCUGGUCCUGUCCUUCCUCCAUCCUCCCUCCUCCCUCCCCUCAGGGGAGAGACGAGAGGACGAGACGAGCAGAGGAGAAGAGAGAGAGAGCGAGGAGAGCAGCAGCAGAAAGGGCACAGAGCAAUAAAACACAAAGAAACAACAGAACCUACCACAACAUCCACAUCAUCCCUCCAAUUCUCUCUCUCUCUCUCUCUCUCUCUCUCUCUCUCUCUCUCCUCUCUCUCUCUGCAGGACUAUAGUCUCUCUGAUCUACAACGUUCUGAAGACCUUUAUGGAGAUGAACAGCAAGCUGUUUGAUGACCUCACUGCCUCUUACAAAGUGGAGAAACAG